UCGCGUCCGGUCGGAGUAACUCUCCCGUGGUACCAAGUGAUUUUCCUUUAAUUGAAAGUUCUAAGACUCUUAGAACUCUUCGAAUGUGUCUCGUUACCUCGUCUGUUGUGCGAAAACUCUUUGGUGUAUGUUAAAUCGAUCGUGUGAAGUAAUUAGCCUCUUGAAUUGAGUCCUUCAUCGUCGAAGUAGGCACCUCGUGCUCGGCGUUUGAGCAAAUUGAUUGCCAAUGGACCCUCACAACUUCCAUCGAUUCUCGUAGUUUCACAUGAUUUUCUUGUUUCCGGCGUUUAUUUUGGCAGUGUGUCUCGGUACGUCGUGUGUUUCGCGUAAAUUCUUCGGCGAUGUAAGCGUACAUAUACAAACUAUCGUGUGUGUUCGGUAAUUUGUCACAUGGAUUGGACAAUGGCCGUCGCUGAGAGGCCUUGUGUUUCACGAAAUUCAUUGCCGAAAUCGUGUCCGGCGUUUGAGGGAAUUGAACCCCGAAACUUUCAUCGAAUUUCGUCGUUUCCAAUGUUUCGAGUUGACAUCUAUGUGAACUUCUCCAUUUCACCAUGAACUUACCCGCGCGCGUUUUCCGUUUUCUUCACUGUCCAGCCUCCAGCGACCUGUUGUGCGGCGACAUUUCGGGAGUCCGAGUGAUUUCGUCCCUCGUGUGUCGGUGUGUGUGCGUGUGUGUUUCCGAGCAAUCCAGCAUAUUAUCGGCUUCGCGUUUUGAGUGUCUGCGUCUCCUUCUCACUCUACUUCGAUUAAUUUCGUGCCUAUCAUUCGGAGGAGUCUCAUAUAUCCUGGUCACUCUUAGCUCCCUUUGAUGCGUAUGUAUUUCGGCGUUGGUCUGGAUUCAGGCCUACAACCUUUUUGUGGGCAAGUUUUUAGUGCGCAGUGCGGUUCCAGUGAUAGUGUCCUUUGUGACAAUGCUGCCAACUUACGAAUUUCCCACUGGUCCUGUCGUGAGUGCUUUCAGCUUGGCGUCGGGCAAUUGGAUAACUCUCUUCUGCUGAUCCUGCAUGACGAGUUUUAUCAUCUGGAGACGUUCACCGUCAAAAUUUGCCUCUCCAGAUAUAAGGUAAGUUGCCUUGAAACAUUCGAAAUCGGCAUGCAUACCCCUUCUACUCAAUUCUGGUCCAUUGUCUCGAGAGAGCCGGGGUUUUCUUUUAAUUUGACUGAUAAGUUGGCACAUUUCAGUCCAGCUGGCAACGCUCAGGUAGCUGAAGUCUCACAGGUGCGCGGUAACAUGCCGUCUCUCUCAUAAUCUCAACACUUCAACCGAGGUGAUGAAGGACCCCGCCUUCUUUUAAACCACCGACUGCAAACAGAUGCAUUCUGUAAAUGCAAGCCCUGCAAUUGGUGGGCGUGACUUCCUCGGCCUAAGCCAAUGAAGGCUUUCAAUUAUGCACCUUCCUUGAACAUGCAGUCGGAAUUCGAAACAUCGCAAACGCUGUCACGAGUUGUUAUGACCUAGGCCUUCUUCCAUAACUUUUGAUGGUGAAUAUUCUCAUAAAUUUUCACCUCACAUUGUUAAAAAUGUCAGGCAAUAUUUGCACCUCAAAAUCCCAGGCAGCUGGUACCGAGAUUUUUAGUCCCAGCCAUCGAGAAUCGACAGUAUUGUCAAAAGUUUGGCACAGUGGUCAAAAUUUCGGCAGUUUCACUGAAACUUGGUAGCCGACUCAAGAAUCUCGGUUUCAACUACGGAGCUUUUUAGGUCAGAUAUUGUCGCCAAAGGUUUUUUAAGCACUCGACCGGUAGGGAUGAGGUGUUCUCAUUCAGCUCAAAUAAUUUCAAGGCACAGACUAUACAGCUCCGCAAAGGAACGCGAAAUACCACAUUAUUUGAAAAAUUAGGGAAUCAUUAUUUGAGCUACCUUUAUUCAUAUUUAAUUAAAAAAAAGAAAAAAAAACCUCUAACCGAAGAUGACGAAACGGAAAUCCCACCAAUAUUAGCGUUUCUUUUUCGCACGAAGCGAAACCUUUGAUUAAAAUAUAACCGAACUUAAUUGAUCUGUGACCACUGAACAUUCCGAUUCAGGUGACUAAUCUUUUCUGGUUUUAGAAAUCGAAUUUUAAUUCAACUGAUCAAAAAUGUUGAUAGCUGCAGUCAGAAUCACAGGAUUCUUGUACUUUUUUCCACUAAAUCAUUUAAUGAUCGAAACCUUUAGUGGGUCAUUCCGUUGUUCUACGAAUGAAAUAACUUUAAUACAUUUCAAUGGUGCCCAAUAUACCACUCGUGAAUGAAAUUCAUACUGAAAAAUGUUCCAAAUGCCAUUCUGAAAAUUUUACUAUUUUUCCCUGAUUAUAUUAAAAAAUCAGUAGACUUUCGGAUAGAAUUUUCUCAGUCGAAUUUUUGCGAAUAAUAAAUUUGUUCGACUCAAUUUUGCAACUUUAGGAUGGAGUUACGUUUCUUUUGCAUAUAGGCAACGACAGCAAGAAUGACGGUUGUUUUAAAGAAAGCUUUUAUUGUUCUCUCUUUCUUUAAAUUUGUUUCCUUUUUCUUAACAAACAUUGUGAUCUAAUAACAGAGUUGUUAAUGACGAUAGACGCUGUAGCACCACUUUAAAAUAAAUGUAUAUUACUACUA